UUCUCGACAGUCAUCUUCCCCACCUUCGCUGUAGGGUUUUUCCUCCUCACUUCUCUCCCCAGUCACGUCCCCCCGCAGCCGCCGCACGGCCGGCCGCCAUGAGAGCCCUCGUUUCCCUCUCCCGGCUCGCUCGACGGAUUCCCGCCUCUCUCGCCGCCGUUAGGGCCCCAGCACCGCUCCUCCCCCGGCACAUCCAUGCCGACGCCCCUCCGCCGCCGCCGCCUCAGGACCCGCUGCCCUUCGUCUCCCGCAUCCUCGAAUCGGAGCCUAGCCUGGCCCCGAGCACCGAGGCGGAGCCGGCACCCGACCCGUUCCUCGAUGAGUUCCUCGCACGCUUCGUGGCCGCCUUCCGCCCGGAACUCGCGGCGGUCUUCCACGAACACGACCGCGCCGUGCUCGACGAGAUGCUCCGCCUCGUCGCGGACGCCGUGGUGUGCCGCCUCACCGGGACCGACCCGGGGCCCGACGCCGCCGAGCUCAGCGACGACCUCUGGGCGGCCGUGUGGAAGGUCAGCGCCUCGGUGCAGGAGGCCAUGCGCCGGGACCAGGUCCGCGCCGACCUCCGCCACUACCUCCAUUGCGACGAGGUCAAGGAGAUGACGCGGUUCGCCGUCGACGUUGGCAUCCGCGGCUCCAUGCUCCGGGAGCUCCGCUUCAAGUGGGCCCGCGAGAAGCUCGAGGAGGUCGAGUUCUACCGCGGUCUCGAUGGCAUGCGCGCUGAGGCCGAAGCCGCCGCUGAUCCUGACCCUGCGCCGGUGCGGAGAUUGACCGCUUUGCCGAAGAGGAAGGGGGAGGUGAAGUUCACGAUGUACGGGUUGGACAUGUCUGACCCGAAGUGGGCCGAGGUUGCGGAGCGGACAGCCGAGGCUGAGGCACAAUUUGUGCCCCAGGAAGCCAAGCCUGUAGAAGGGAAAGCAAAGAAGGCUGAGGAGCGGCUGCUGUCGGUUGACCCGAGGAAAGGAGAUCCGGUGCCUGCCAUGGAGGAAUGGAAGGAGGAGCUCCGGCCAAAGCGUGUUGACUGGAUGGCGCUGCUCGAGCGGGUUAAGGCACGCAAUGUUGAGUUGUACCUCAAGGUUGCUGAAAUUCUGUUAGCUGAAGAAUCUUUUGAGGCAAACAUCCGAGAUUACUCAAAGUUAAUUGAUCUUCAUGCUAAAGCAAAUAAUGUGGAAGGUGCAGAGAUAAUACUUGGUAAAAUGAAAGAGAAAGGUAUUGCAUCGGAUAUCCUCACAUCCAUCACGUUAGUCCACAUGUAUAGCAAGGCAGGCAAUCUAGAUCGAGCCAAGGAGGCUUUUGAGUUUAUUCGGAGUGAGGGUUUCAAACCAGAUCUGAAACUCUUCAGUUCGAUGAUUAAAUGUUAUAUCAGCCAUGGAGAACCAGGACAAGCAGAUAAUUUGCUAAGGUAUAUGAAGGACAAGGAUAUCAAAGCCACUAUAGAAAUGUACACAGAUGUCAUACGGGCAUAUGCUCAGCAAGGCAUGGUGGAUUAUGCCCAGAAUGUUCACAGGUCGAUGCACAUUGCUGGAAUGGAGUCUACACAAGAGUUGUUCGCAAUUAAUAUAGAGGCAUAUGGACGCAUUGGUGAUCCUGGUCAGGCAUGUGCAUUGUUCCAACAAAUGAGGAGGUAUGGAUACGAACCAGAUGAUAGUUCCAUUGCUGGUGUGGUGGCUGCGUACAUGAAGAAGAACCAAUUAGAUCAGGCUUUGCACUGGCUGCUGAGUUUAGAGAAGGAAGGAGUUAAACUUGGCAUCAAGACGAACCUUGUGUUGCUGGAUUGGCUGUCUAUGUUGCAGCUAGUUCUGGAGGCUGAACAGCUCGUGCAGAAGAUAAAACAGCUGGGUGAAGAACCCAUAGAAGUCCAUGUGUUCCUUGCCGAUAUGUAUGCAAAGUCACGCCAAGAAGAGAGAGCCCGCAGAUCCCUCAAGAUCUUGGAAGAGAAGAAGAAACUAUUGAAGGCUGAUCAGUUCGAUAGGAUUAUAAGAGGCCUUCUGGACGGUGGAUUCUCAGAGGAGGCAAACAAAUACUACAAAAUGAUGAAAUCAUGUGGCUUUGAACCAUCAGAAAACCUCGAGGUCGGUGUUAAGUCCAGUAUAAAGUUGAGGGGUGGGCCUCGCCCCACUGGUAGGCGUUGAGGUUAGGGCUUGUAUGCUUGCAGUGAUUCUGGUCGAGAACCUUGAGGUAGCACUGACGACUGGCACAACCAAGCCGACCAAACUUUCAAGUGUUGAAAGACAGGUUGGCUGAUUUUUUUUUUUGUUAUCCAUCGUCUCGAGGCAUGAAAAUGCUUGCACAGACUAUAAUAUAAAGUCGAUAGGUGCCGGUCUCGUGAUUUUGUUGUUUCAAGCGAUCAGGAUUUGCCCUUGUAUUUGAUUAAGUUUUUGGUGUUUGUAAUGCCUUUCUGUGACUCGUGAUUCAGUAAUAUAUUCACUCCAUUCAGCAAA